AUGACUACCAAACGUCCCGAGUUCGAGGCUAUUUUCCAGGAGACUAUCGUCCCAGAGCUGAUUGCUGAGGUGCACAAGACCGGAAUCUCUGACAAUGCUGUGGAGUGGAUAGCAAAGAAUCUUACCCACAAUACCAUGGGAGGGAAAUACAAUCGUGGUAUGACUGUACCGGAUACCUACCGCAUUCUUCUUGGAAAAGACAAGUUGAGCCCCGAGGAGUUCAAGCAGAGUGCCAUUCUUGGAUGGUGCACUGAAUUGCUCCAAGCUAUGUUUUUGGUCGCCGACGAUAUCAUGGAUAGCUCCAAGACUCGUCGUGGCUCUCCUUGCUGGUACCUGAUGCCAGAUGUUGGAAGCAUUGCCAUCAACGAUUCCUUCAUCCUUGAAUCCGCCAUCUACAUUCUGUUGAAGAAACACUUCAAGGGAACGUCCUACUAUGUUGACCUUUUUGAACUCUUCCACGAGGUCACCUGGCAAACCGAGCUCGGUCAGCUCGUAGACCUUCUCACCGCUCCUGAGGAUAACAUUGACCUCAGCAGGUUCAACUACCAGAAGUACUACUUUAUUGUCCGUUACAAGACAGCCUUCUACUCUUUCUACCUCCCCGUCGCACUAGCGAUGUACCAGGCUGGAGAGUACUUCCAGGUCCAGGAUGACUACCUUGACUGCUACGGCGACCCAGAACACAUUGGAAAGAUCGGGACCGAUAUUCAGGACAACAAGUGUGGAUGGCUUAUUAACAAAGCUCUCGAGCUUGUGACCCCUGAGCAGCGUAGAGUGCUCGAUGAAAACUACGGUCGUAAGGAUGCUGCUUGUGAAAAGGUCAUCAAAGAAAUCUACUUGGAGCUCGGGCUUGAGGCACACUACCAGGCAUAUGAGAGGAAAUCCAUUGAGAUGAUCAAGGAGCUCAUCUUGAAGGUUGAUGAGAGCCAAGGGCUGAAGCAGGACGUGCUUCUGGGUUUCUUGAACAAGAUUGCUGGAAGAAGCAAGUAA